AUGGGAAUGUCGCUAGCAAAUGAAAAGCGAACAUAUACACUAGGUUUCUGGAGGGUGUCUAAACAAGAAUUCAACAAAGGAGUUAACAAAGGACAUACUGCAAGAAUGAAAAGCUUACCUAUUCUAUCAGCAUUGUACAAAUACCCAGACAUAUUCAUAUACCCUAUUUCAUAUAGACAUCCGAAAACUGACCCGUAUACACCUCAUGGAGAUAGAACAAGGGAGUGUGUCUCAUGCGAUCUGAAUACAAUAUAUGCUGAUAGAUGUAAUUGGGUUGACCCAACAUUUAGUCCCGAAGGAUCCUACGUUGUUAUAAACUGUGGCGGAACAGGGAACGGAGUACCCGUUUCAACUCUUCAUUAUAUAUCUGAUUCUGGUGAUAUUAGUUUACGUGGCGAAGUGGAAAAUAACACUCAACUCAUAGAAAAUCUUGAAGCUUUCAAAUUUCGAACAAGAGAAUAUGGUGAAAUUAGUCUCCCUCAAGUUGAUGAUGAAGUCUUUUAUUAUACUUUGCACAAACCUCCAAACUUUGAUCCAAGCAAAAAAUAUCCGUUACUGGUUCAAGUUUAUUCAGGUCCUGGCUACCAAGACACAAUAGAUUCCUUUAUUUCGACAUGGGCGAUCGGUUACAUACCAAGUAGCGAUCUUGAUGUGGUUGUGGUCACCUUUGAUGGAAGAGGUACGGGAUUCAGAGGAGACAAAAUCAGAAAUAUGGUUUACAAUCGUUUGGGAGAAUAUGAACCAUUGGAUCAAAUCGAAGCAACUCGACAAAUUACAGAAAAAUAUAACUUUAUAGAUUCUAGCAAGGUUGCAAUGUGGGGAAGAUCUUACGGAGGAUAUAUAACCGCAAGAACAAUGUCAGAGGACGAAAAUAUUUUGUUUAGAUGUGGAUUAUCAGUUGCUCCUGUAACUGACUGGAUGACAUAUCAUAACUUUUACACUGAACGAUAUAUGGGCUUGCCCAAGGAAAAUGGAAUAGGAUACAAUAAAUCAACAGUGUUUCAGAAACUUCACAACAUCGGAAAACAUUAUUUUGUACUGAUACAUGGGACAAGCGAUGAAAAUGUUCACUUUUUGCAUUCUGCAAGACUUUCAAAGGCGCUAAUCGACGAAGACAUUGAUUUUUCAGCAUAUUUUGCUGGCGACGAACCUCACCGUUUUGACAGAGGUGCAAAUGCAUACGGUCAUCACUACAAGUUGUUAACACAUCAUUUAAAAAGUUGUUUCGAAUUAUAACUGAUUUGAGUAAUUUUUGUAAAAGGUUGACCCAAACAAAUUGUUUUCGAUUUUACGUAUUGACCUAUCGUUUUGAUUUAUUUCACCUGGACACGAAGAAAAUUUCUGAUAUACUCUCAAUAAUUUGUUGCUAUAGUAGUUGUUUGCUUUGAC